AUGGCUCUCCCUCUGCCCCUCGACGGCAAAUGUGCCAUUGUCACGGGGGCAUCCCGAGGUAUCGGUGCCGAGAUAGCACGCGAGCUGGCUCGCCAGGGAGCCUCAGUCCUCAUCACAUAUGCGCGAUCCGCUGGAGAAGCGAACACGGUGGUUGAGGAACUCGAAAAGAUCCGGAAGCAAAUCGGGGAUAUGGAAAAGUGCGGUGCAAAAUUCAAGGCCGUCCAAGCCGACGCAGCGAAAGCGACCGAGGCAGCCGAGAAGACCAUCGCCGCCGCCACUGCCUUGUUCGUAGAAGAAGGUCCUUCCGGCGGUGAUGGUAGUAUUUGUGGUGGGAUCGACAUCAUAGUCAACAAUGCCGCCAACGGCGAAGACCUCGACCUCUCAGCCGUCACGGCCGAGACGUUCGACGCCUGCUUCCACCCCAACGUCCUGUUCCCGCUGUUGCUCGUCAAGUUGAGCAAGCCGAUACUGAGGAACAAGGCACGGAUUGUCAACAUCAGCUCUGCAGGGGCGAGAAUCGCCUAUCAAUCGGCCAUCAUGUACGGAGCCUCAAAAGCAGCUCUUGAAAGUGUCACCAAGAGUCUGGCCCAGGAACUAGGCCAUGCUUAUGAGGCCACAGUCAACGCAGUCAAUCCCGGCCCAGUCAGGACACAAAUGUGGUCCGAGGUCCCGAACUCGGAGCAACUCGAGGAGAUCCUGAGCCAGCGAACGCUCGCAUCCCCGCGGAUAGGCGAGGUGGCGGACGUCGCGCCCAUUGUUGCCUUCCUCUGUCAGGAACAGUCCAGAUGGGUGUCGGCUAGCGUGGUCAAUGCUAAUGGGGGAAUGUUGCCAGUCUGA